AUGGACGCUACCUACAAGCUCACACAUCAGCAACAGCAGCAUCACUCUGAUAUACUGGGUCUACUCCGACGAGUCUACGCGGCUGUCAGUGGGAAGUCGCUUCAUGUUCGUAUUGGGAUAGAUGUUGCAGCCCAGUGGAACGCACUGCAGGAAGUGUUCAGCCCGGACAACCAUUUUACAUUCCUCAUGUGCAACUGUAAUGUGGCAUAG